GACACCAUUGUGGUAUCGUACAAAGGGACCAUCGUACAAAAAGACCAACCGCCAUCGAAGUCGCGAUCACGCUAAAUCAUUGGGCGCUGCCAUCACGAUUUGCGCGUACACGUAUGGAUUUCACGCCAUCACCGUUUUUGUGGAUAUUGAAUGCAGGAGAGAUAAAUUGAAAAUACAAGGCUUUUUAGAUAGGCCUACAAGUGCAUUUGGGAGUAAAUUAUUGGACAUUGGAUACUAUCGUGGAUGGUUCGGAACUGAUCAACGAGUCAAGCAGAUUAGAGCGGUUAUAAUUAAAUUAAAGGCCUAAUUGACAGGCUCACCAGGUGAGUUCCUGUCCAAAAAAUUGUAUUCUCGGUUGGAAGGUGCUGCUUUUGUCGACUUUUCAGAACGUGCUCACAUUUGGAUUUUUCCAUCGUGACGUCAUCGAUUCAAGUUUAGCGACUCCUGGAUAUCCUUCUUCGUCCACGACAUGUCGAAGAAACUCAAGACCCUGUUGGGCAGUAGGGACAACGUUGCUGACUUUGUGAUCCGCUUGGAAAGCUUCCUGCACGACACCGAGGAGUUCAACGCUCAACAAGUCAAGAUACGUCUGGAGAAACUUGAAGCGAAGUGGACUGAAUUCGAGGAACUUCAGAACGAUAUUGAGGGCAUGGAGGAAAACGAGGAGAACAUGAAGGAGCACCAGCAGCUGAGGGCAGAAUUCGAGGACAAGUACUUUGAGGUAAGGGCAGGGUUGGCGAGUAAAUUACCACAACAGCAUGCAACACAAAACACAGUUCCUAUUAACACCUCUCACGUGCAAGCUUCCGUGCGACUUCCUCAAAUCAAUCUACCUGAGUUCGAUGGUAAUUUCCAAAACUGGCUUCCAUUCCACGAUACGUUUGUUGCCUUGAUCGAUUCUUCUACAGAGUUGAACAACAUACAGAAGUUCCACUACUUGCGCGCUUCACUCAAGGGUGAUGCUUUGAAGCUGAUUGAUUCCUAUUCGAUGAGCGAGGCUAACUAUAGGGUUGCUUGGGAUGGUUUGGUCUCACGGUUCUCCAACAACUACCUUCUCAAGAAGCGGCAUUUGAAUGCGUUGUUUGAGUGUCCAAGAAUGAAGAAGGAAUCAGCGGCAACACUGCACGAUCUCAUCGAUUGUUUUGAACGGAACACUAAAAUUCUGGACCAACUAGGAGAGAAGUCGAACGGUUGGGGAGCGAUGCUAGUUCACUUAAUGGUCUCGAAGCUCGACGAGGUGACUCAGAUGCGGUGGGAGGAGAAUGUUACGUCUGAAGAGGAGCCAUCAUUUCCGUCGCUGGUCUUGUUUCUCAAGAAGCAAACUCGUGUUUUGGAUGCAGUUUCUGUGGAUCAACAUAUCUUCGCUCCCAUUGGUUCAUCGACCAACAAUAGUUUCAAAUCUCGUCCAUCGAAGGUUUCGAUCAACUCGGCGACCGAAAGGGUUCCAUCGGAUUGCUUCGCAUGUAGCGAUAAGCACUGGAUCACUCGGUGUCCAACUUUCGCUAAACUUCCGAUUGACAAAAGGCUGCAGCUUACCAACUCCAAGCGGCUCUGUAGUAACUGUCUAGGAAGAAAUCAUUUGGCUCGAGAUUGUCCUUCCAAAUUUCGGUGCAAGACUUGCUCAAAGAAGCAUCAUUCACUGCUCCACCCUGGUUUUCCUGGUUCUGGUUCUGCUCCUACCCCAGCAGUGAAUGACAACGAUGAUUCACCUGUUCCAUCAACAUCGGGUGGUGCUUCGAACUCUGGUGGUUUGGUUACUAGUUCGGCGGCAUCAAUUGCAAUUAAUCUUUCGAUGGGACAGCCAAAAUCGCACGUGUUUCUGCAAACGGUUCUGCUGAAUGUCAAGGAUAUUUGGGGAAGGAUUAAUCUCGCAAGGGCACUUCUGGAUUCUGGAUCGCAAGCUAACCUGAUGUCUGAAAAUCUCUGCAAGCUACUCCGGCUACCAAGGCGGGACAGGAAAGCGUGA